CAAACACAUUUACUCUUGGAGAUCUAAAGCGACACUUAGAAAAACACCACUUCACGGACUGUUAUUUCUUUUUUCUUUGGACGACUGCAAGAAGCUUUCUACAGGAGACAUGUUGUCGGCUGGUUUUCAGAUUUUGGGCAUCACCCUGGGCAUCAUUGGCUGGAUUGGGGUAAUUGUUACCUGUAUCCUACCCCAGUGGAGGGUGACGGCCUUCAUCGGCCAGAGCAUCGUCACCGCCCAGACGACGUGGGAGGGCAUCUGGAUGACCUGCGUGGUCCAGAGCACGGGCCAGAUGCAGUGCAAGGUCUACGACUCCAUGCUGAACCUUUCCCAGGACCUCCAGGCCGCCCGCGCUCUCACCGUCAUCUCCAUCCUGAUUGGCGUCAUGGGCAUCCUCCUCGCUAUCGCGGGGGGCAAGUGCACCAACUGCGUGGAGGAAGAGACGACCAAAGCCAAGGUCGGCAUCGCUGCAGGUGUGGUCUUCAUCAUCUCCGGGGUUUUGUGCCUCGUCCCCAUCUGCUGGACGGCAAACACCGUCAUCCAGGAGUUCUACAACCCAAUGAUCACGACCUCCAUGAAGAAGGAGCUGGGAGCGUCACUCUUCAUCGGCUGGGGAGCCUCGGCACUCCUCAUCCUGGGCGGGGGAAUCCUCUGCGCCAACUGCCCCGCCAAGGAUAGCUAUUCUGCCAAGUACAAGGCCCCUCGUUCAUCUGCACCCAAGGACUACGUCUGAGGAGGGGAGGGAAUGACGCCACAGAGACUCAAAACGGACUUUAUGCAAAACGCUUUGUGUGACAUGAAUCUGAUUCGCGCUGCCACGUUCGGUACGGCUGAGUUUCAGCAUUUUAAGAUUUGCUGCGUCAAGCUCAGAAGAAGAGACGUGUGCCACACCUAAAAAAAAAAAACCUGUCAAUGUGUCCAAAAAAAAAAAAAAAAAAGGUGUGAUCGGUAGGAGUAAAAGACACGGCAUGUUCUUUCACCUGGAACAACGUUUAACGUGUAACUUUGAUGCACUGUGUUAUUAUUUUAUACAUCAUUUUCUUUUCAUUUCAUCUGUUGUUAGCUAACAAUUUCAUUUCAAACUGUGUUUUAUGCUGGUCUGAAAAUGUAAAUAAAGUUUUUUUUAUUAA